GAAGGCCGCGAAGCAUACCAUCUCCAUGUGUUUUCAUUCAACCGGAAUAACAAAGUAAAUAUUGAAUAUUUUGUAUUUUACACAUUUUGAUUUUAAAAAUCUAUAAGUCUGCAUAAUAUUCAACUUCAAUCAUCGGCGACAAUUUCACUCCUGGGGGUGGCAGAAAUGGAAUCUCGACCGGAGGAAAGGACUCCACAGGAAAUCGCACUAAAUAAUCCGAUUAUUUUGAACGAAAUAUUUAAACACAACUCCACCCCGUUGAAAACUGCUCGACUAGUUUGUCCCUUUUGGAACGAAAUCGUCCUCUCCCUUCAAAAUACGAGACUUGGGUUCAAGCUGAACGAAAAACACGACCGAAGGAAAGACCCCUUUUCCUUUCUCGCGUUAUGUUUCUCAUUAGAUGACCGACUCGCGAAAAGGAUCAGCGCCUCUUGUCACAUUGCAGUGACCGACUUCGGCCUCAGACUGACCCAUUUUUGUGACAAAUUUAGCGACAUCGUGCAAAUUAUGGACCUUUCCAUAGCCGAUGAAGACUGCUUAAAAUACAUCCACCAAGUCUUAACCAAUUGCUGUCCGAAUUUGACACAUUUGCAAAUUCUUUGCGAAUUUCAAAACCACAAACAAAUUUUGAUGGACCCGAUCACACCAAAACUAAAGUUGAAAUCUUUUAUACUAAAUUCAAAAGUGAAGACACCGGUCCUUACUCUUACCAAUUUUGCUCAGGUGGUUGUCAACGCGUCGCCAAAUUUAAGGGAGGUCACACUUCCAUGGGGAAUCCAUCCUAAUUUUGAAAAUCCUAAAUUUCUUGACUCCUUAACCAUCGAACUGGAUGGUCUUCGACCACGUGACAUCAAUCGCUUUAAGUCUUUUGAGCUCUCCCGUAUCCUGAAUCAGAUUGGCGACCAACUGGUCAGCCUAUGCUUUGGUGAAUACGAUGCAAUCGAUUGGAUCGACGGUUUCGAAAACUGGAGCAGGAAAGAAUUCCAGAUUCCGAGAAAGAUGUCGAAAUUGCAAAAGUAUCGGAACAUUGUGGUCGAUAUUUUUCGAUGUGACGACGUUUUGCAAGACUUCGAAAGGAUGCCCGUCCUCAACACGCUGGUGAUUGGGAAGACAAAUUCGACAAAAUCGGCGAGUGUGCAUGAAUUUUUGCAAACUAUUUUCGACGCGGGCAAGAUUUUUGGGGGUGUGAAGGAUUUAAAGAUUCUUGAGCUGCAUGAUCCCACGCUUUUGGAGGGAUUGAAGACGGCGUUUCCGAACUUGGUGAGCCUGGGGUUGGAGACGAUUUGUCCGGAGGACGACCGCGAGGAGGAGAGUGGGAUGAAGUUGGGCGUGGUGCUGAAAGCGUGUGGGGGUUGGGGAGGGUUGAAACAUCUGAAUUUGCAGCUGCCCACGUAUCCGGAGGAAAUGAUGAAUGUCAUUCAGGCUCUGUUGGGUGGCUUGGAAUUGUACAAAGGGCUGAAAACGUUGGAAAUUUUGAGAUACCAUGGCCGUGACGAGACCCAUGAUUUGACAGAGAUCGAGCUGGACCUCUUUAAACAACUGCUUUUCGCGAUGGAUGGAAUGGACGAGGUCGAAAUAGAGAAUCUUUACUUUAGCAAAGAAUCUGUCACGGAAAUAAUCAACUUCAUGAAGUUAAACAAAAUCUCGGUGUCGAAGUUUCAGAUUUUUCAGGGAAAGACGUGUUUUGACUAUUUGUAAAUUUGAUUGUGUGAUAAAAUACCAAUAUUUAAAACCAAGAAGGUGAGCACGUGGCGACACAAAAACUUGUAACGUUUGAAAUUAGAAGUUUAGCCAUGAAUUGAAUUAAUUUAAUCUUUUGCAUUCCAUAAUGUUCAAAUAAUUACUAACUUUAUGAAAUAUUUUCUUGUUGUAUUGUUGAAUAAAGUUCAUCAUAUUAAAUAGAUCACUGACGUAAUUUUAUAGAGUUGAUUUGUGGUGUGAAACCUAGGAUCAUUAUUAUGGGACUGUCGGGUAUUAAAGCGUCUGUAAUAAUAUUUAUGAUGGAUGUUAAA